AUGUCCGCUACUGAUAAGAAACAGUUGCCAUUUUCUGAGCAACAUUAUUUUUCAUCCUAUGAUCAUUUUGGAAUUCAUGAGGAGAUGUUGAAAGAUACAGCAAGAACUUUAUCUUAUAGAUCUGCUAUGUACAAGAAUAAGCAACUUUUUAAGGACAAGAUCGUAUUAGAUGUCGGCUGCGGUACUGGAAUACUUUCUAUGUUUGCAGCAAAGGCAGGAGCUAAGCAUGUUUACGCAGUUGAUAUGUCGAAUAUCAUUGAAAAAGCUAGAGAAAUUGUCAAUUUGAAUGGAUUUGAUGAUAAAAUCACUUUACUUGAGGGAAAACUUGAGGACUUGGAUUUGGGUGUUGAUAAAGUGGAUAUUAUUAUAUCUGAGUGGAUGGGAUAUUUCCUAUUAUAUGAAUCUAUGUUGGACACCGUGAUCUAUGCUAGAGAUAAAUACCUAAAAGAUGAUGGAUUGAUCUUUCCUGACAAGUGCUCAAUGUAUAUUGCCGGAAUUGAAGAUGGACAGUAUAAACAAGAGAAAAUCCAUUUUUGGGAAGAUGUUUAUGGAUUCGAUUUUUCACCCUUCAUAGAUGUUGCUAUGGUUGAACCACUAGUGGACACUGUUGAUAAUCAUUCUUUAAUGACAACAUCUUGUAAGUUCUUUGAAUUUGAUAUAAAGAAAAUUAGAAAAGAGGAUUUGGCAUUUCAACGCCCCUUCAAACUUGAAGCCAUUGACGCUGAUUUAUGUCACGCAUUCAUAGUGUGGUUUGAUUGCCAGUUUCCAGGAGAUGAACAAGUUGUAUUACGUACCGGACCAAUGAACCAUUAUACCCACUGGAAGCAGACAGUAUUUUAUAUGGAUCAAGUAUUGGACCUCAAAAAGGGAGAUGUUAUUAAUGGAAACAUUUCAUCAAGACCAAAUGGGAGUAAUCCAAGAGAAUUAGACAUUGAAAUUGAUUGGACACUUAAGACUAGUAGCAAUGAUAGAUCAAGGGAGCAAUCUGGAAAGUUCAAUUAUUUUAUGCGCUAA